CCGUCUUAAGCCCCACCCGAUACCACCAACGCACACUCUCUCACCCCCUCCUGGCGAAUUGCGACCCUUGGCUUCUUCCAUACGGUCGCCCCAGGCUUCAUUCCCUUUCUUUUCCCUUUCAUGACUGAAUGGUGGCGCCGUUUUUCGUAAGAUUCAGCCACAGUUUUCUUUCGAUUCGGCCCACCUUCUUAGUCGCUCGACGCUUUUCUACUUCGCCCGUUUCACGCCGAGCUCAAAUCGUCCCUCCCCGUCGCCUUCAGAACCAAUCCUCAGCCAUGGCCCCUGAGAUGACCACCCUCAAGGGCAAGCCCUUCAGCCGUGCCGAGCUCGACGGCCUGCUUCGCCGCACCCUGUUCUAUACCCCCUCCUUCGAGAUCUACGGCGGUGUCGCUGGUUUCUACGACUACGGCCCGCCUGGAUGCGCCCUAAAUGCCAACAUCGUCGACCUGUGGCGCAAGCACUUUGUGAUUGAAGAGAAUAUGCUCGAAGUCGAAGGCCCAAUGGUCACCCCUCAUGAGAUUCUGAAGACGUCGGGACACGUCGAUCGCUUCUGUGACUGGAUGGUCAAGGACGAAGCAAAUGGCGACAUUCUUCGUGCCGACCACCUCGUCGAGAAUGUGCUGGAGAUGAGACUGAAGGGCGAUAAGGAGGCCCGAGGACUUGUCCACGUCGAAAAAGAGGAGGACCCGAAAAAGAAGAAGAAGAAGGAGAAGGCUCUGGCCAAUCUGGAGGCCAAGAAGCUGGAUGACGCCCUUGUACAGGAGUACGAGGAGGUUUUGGCCAAGAUCGACAACUACGAUGGAGCUGAGCUCGGAUUGCUCAUUGAGAAGUACGAUAUAAGAAAUCCCGCCACCGGAAAUCCCGUCACCCCGCCCACUCAGUUCAAUCUCAUGUUCCACAUCCCCAACAUCGGUCCCUCUAGCUCGCUCUACGGCUUCCUCCGACCCGAAACCGCACAGGGCCAGUUUCUCAACUUCGCGAAAUUGCUUGACUACAACAACCACCGCAUGCCGUUCGCCUCCGCCACGAUUGGAAAGUCCUUCCGUAACGAGAUUUCUCCCCGGGCUGGUCUCCUUCGGGUAAGAGAGUUUCUGAUGUGCGAGAUUGAGCACUUUGUGGACCCCGAGGGUGGAAAGAAGCAUGCCCGCUUCCACGAGGUGGCAGAUGUCAAAUUGAACCUGCUCGAUCGUGAUACACAACUCUCUGGGAAGACGGAAGUCUCUCCCAUGCCCAUCGGCGAGGCCGUUGAGAAGGGCAUCGUGGACAACGAGACGCUCGGGUACUUCCUGGCCAGGGUACAGCUCUUCCUCAUCCAGCUUGGCUGCAACCCUGAGAAGAUCCGCUUCAGGCAGCACAUGGCCACGGAAAUGGCCCACUACGCGACCGACUGCUGGGAUGCCGAGCUACAGACCAGUUAUGGUUGGAUCGAGUGCGUGGGAUGCGCCGACCGCAGCGCCUACGAUCUCACUGUGCACAUGAAGAGGACUGGACAGCCCUUGCAGGUUAGGGAGAGGCUGGAUGAGCCUCGCACCGUCGAGUACUGGGCUGCGGAGACCAACAAGAAGGAGUUUGGGCCCAAGUUUAGGAAAGAUGCGCCGGCUGUGCAGGGCGCGAUCGAUGCGCUUUCUGAUGAGCUCAGGGAGAAGCUGUCCGUCGAGCUCAAGGAAGCUGGAAAAAUAACCCUCGACGUGCCCAACUUUGGCGACGGCAAAGUCGAACUCACCCCCGACCUUAUCACGAUCGAGAAGCGCACCCGCACCGAGAACAUUCGCACCUACACCCCCAAUGUCAUCGAGCCGUCCUUUGGCAUUGGCCGCAUCCUCUACGCCCUCUGCGAACACGUCUACUGGAGCCGCGAAGGCGACGAGUCCCGCGCCGUGCUCUCCUUCCCCCCGUCGAUCGCCCCCAUGCCCGUGGUUCUGUAUCCACUGUCCUCACAUCCGGACUUCAAGCCCCUCAUUGCCCGGCUCUCGGCGCUGUUACGCAAAAAGCGUAUCCACUUCGCCGUCGACGAUUCGUCGGCGAGUAUCGGGAAGAGAUACAGCCGGCGGGAUCAGCUGGGCACGCCGUUCCACAUCACGGCGGAUUUCGAGAGCGUGCAGAAGAACACGUUUACGCUUCGGGAACGAGACUCGAUGGAGCAGGUGCGGGCGACGGAGCAGGAGAUUGUGGACGCCGUGGUGAAUAUGGUGAAUGGGGAGGAGACGUGGGAGGAUGUGCAGGCGAGGUUGCCCAAGUUUGAGGGGCAGGCGAUUGAGGAGGGGGAGGAGGAGAGGAAGGAGUAGGGAUGGGGUGGUAGUGCGUAGGUGGAGAGAUGUGGCAGGCAGCUUAGCAUACUAUUUUUGGGAGAGCUGUUCACAUGUGGUAUUUGUUAUCAUGUCUCGUCGAUCUUAGAGUCCUGGAAGACAGCAAAUAGAUGAGCGUUUGAUAUGUCAG